CCCACUCUCCUUGUUGUAUGUAUUCAGAUUCUUUCACAGUGUCUCUUCUAAACCCCACACACACACACACACACACUCACAAACUGUACUCUGUUCUCCAUUCACCAUUCUUCCUACUCCUCUGUUCCCUUCCUCCAUUGAUUCUCUCAAGCUUUGGAAACUCCAACGAGAAAAAAAAAAUGAAAACCCAUUUCUAGCCUUUUCAUCACCACCGGAGUUACUAACUACUCUUCCCCUUCCACCUCCAUGGACCGCCGUCUACUGCCACCAUCUUCAUCAUCUCCACCUCCACUUCCAGCCACCUUCCCCGGCUGACUGAACGCCAGAAUACCUCAUGAACCCACCAUCACACACAGUAAUCAUUCUCAGAAAACACCAAAAUUUUUAGUACUCCAUACAAUACCACAUAUAUAUACAACUUUGUAGCCCCAACCUUAACUUCCUCGAAACUACCAACCAUUUGAAGGGGAAAAAAUAAAGAAAGAAAAAGAUCACAUUUUUUUUUCUUCCCUCUUCCAAUCUCCCCCCUGAGUUUAACAGACAUUGAAAAUAAACAGAGUUUUUUCUGUGACUGAAGGGGAGAGAGAGGGUUGAAUUGAAUAGAUUGUUGAUUCCCCCAAAAUAAAAAUUUUAAAAAUAAAAGAAAAAUGGAUGCUGGAACGAACACAAGCAGCAAUACACAACAAGUAGCUGUGGUGGAAUCAGCAUCGUCACUGUCAGCUGAUGAGCUAACAGCCAAGGCAGUCCACAAGAGAUAUGAAGGUCUAGUGAUGGUACGGACGAAAGCUAUAAAAGGCAAAGGGGCUUGGUACUGGGCUCAUCUUGAACCUAUUCUGGUUCAGAAUUCCGAGACCGGGAUGCCUAAAGCUGUCAAGCUUCGGUGUACACUCUGUGAAGCCGUCUUCUCUGCUUCCAAUCCUUCAAGAACUGCUUCAGAGCAUUUAAAAAGAGGGACUUGUCCCAAUUUUAAUUCUGUUAAGCCCAUUUCUUCAAUUCCUCCUUCUUCUUCUUCCACUAAUGUCAAUUUGAUGUUGCCUUCACCUUCAUCUUCCCAACACAGUAAUCCCCGGAAACGCAGUGGCAGUGGCCGUGGUAAUGCCAGUUCUAGUACAACAAGUUCCUCUCAGGUGGCUCCAAUGUCUGUUGAUCCGACAAGAUUUGCUAUUGAGUUGGCUUACCCUCCUGUUGUCCCCAUGACUACCUCUGUUGUUGUUACUGCCGCCACCACCAGCGGCGGCGGCGGCGGUGCCGGUGGCAAUAUUUUUGCUGCUCAACAACAACAGCAGCAACAGCAACAGCAGCAGCAUUUGAUUUUGUCAGGUGGGAAAGAGGAUUUAGGGGCGUUGGCCAUGUUGGAAGAUAGCGUGAAGAAAAUAAAGAGUCCCAAAUCAUCACAUGGUCCAGCAUUGAGCAAGAAUCAGAUUGAUGCGGCACUUGAUUAUCUUGCUGAUUGGGUUUAUGAGUGUUGUGGGACAGUGUCUUUUUCAAUUCUCGAGCAUCCUAAAUUUAAGGCAUUCCUUAACCAGGUUGGGAUGCCUGUUGUUUCAAGAAGGGAUUUUACCGGGUCAAGGUUGGAUGGUAAGUACGAGGAAGCUAAAGCAGAGUCCGAAGCCAAAAUAAGGGAUGCCAUGUUUUUCCAGAUUGCUUCUGAUGGUUGGAAAUCGAGGAAUAAUGGAUACGUUAGGGAGGAGAAUUUAGUGAAUUUGGCUUUGAAUCUUCCUAAUGGAACCAGUGUGUUCAGGAGGGCGGUGUUUACUAGUGGUUUUGUACCCUCAAAGUAUGCAGAGGAAGUUUUAUGGGACACCAUUUCUGAAAUUUGUGGGAAUAAUUUGCAGCAAUGUGCAGGCAUUGUUGCUGACAAGUUCAAGGCCAAGGCAUUAAGGAAUUUAGAAAACCAGCAUCACUGGAUGGUAAAUCUUUCUUGUCAGUAUCAGGCAUUCUGUAGUUUGAUCAAGGACUUCAGCAAGGAGUUGCCUUUAUUCAAGAAUGUGACUGAGAAUUGUUUAAAACUUGCAAAUUUCAUUAAUAGCAAGUCUCAGAUGAGGAAUAAUUUUCAUAAGUAUCAGUUGCAGGAGUAUGGGCAUGCUAGAUUAUUGAGAGUGCCUUUGCGCGGUUUCGAGGGGUCGGAUUUUGGACCUGUGUACACUAUGGUUGAGGACAUUUUGAGCUCAGCCCGUGCGCUUCAGUUAGUGAUACAUGAUGAAUCCUAUAAGAUUGUUUCCAUGGAGGAACCUUUGGCUGGCGACAUCGAAGAAAUGUUGAGGAAUCCACACUUUUGGAAUGAAUUGGAAGCAGUACAUUCCUUAGUGAAACUCAUCAAGGUCAUGGGUCAGGAUAUUGAGUCGGAGAAGCCUCGAGUUGGACAAUGCCUUCCGCUUUGGGACGAACUCAGGAUGAAGGUGAAGGAUUGGUGCUCCAAAUUCCGCAUAGCUGAGGAGACUGUGGAGAAAGUGGUUGAAAAGAGGUUCAAGAAAAACUAUCAUCCAGCUUGGGCUGCUGCGUUCAUACUUGAUCCUCUUUAUUUGAUUAGGGACUCAAGUGGGAAAUACUUGCCGCCUUUCAAAUGCUUGUCAUCUGAGCAAGAGAAGGAUGUUGACAAACUCAUUACACGGCUUGUAUCUCGCGAGGAAGCUCACAUUGCAUUGAUGGAGCUGAUGAAAUGGAGAACAGAAGGGCUUGAUCCUGUGUAUGCUCAAGCUGUGCAGUUGAAGCAAAGGGAUCCAAGUACCGGAAAAAUGAAAAUUGCACAUCCACAGAGCAGUAGGCUUGUCUGGGAAACUAAUCUUAAAGAGUUUAAGUCAUUGGGGAAAGUCGCCGUUCGGCUAAUUUUCCUUCAUGCGACAUCGCGCGGGUUCAAAUGCAACUGGUCCUUUUUGAAGUGGAUGAGUGCUCAUUCCCAGUCAAGGGUGGGCAUGGAUAGAGCUCAGAAGUUGAUUUUCAUUGCUGCACAUUCAAAACUCGAAAGGCGGGAUUUCUCCUGCGAGGAAGAUAGAGAGGCAGAUCUCUUUUCCUUGGCUAACGGUGAGGAUGAUGUGCUCAAUGAUGUUUUCAUUGAUACUUCCUCUGUGUAACAUUCAUUCAACCUUCUUUCUCAUUUCCCCUAAAAGAUUUUCUAGAAUUUUUUUAAUUAAUUCUUUCUACAACUUGGUAGUUGUUCUACUUUUGUUACUUUAAAGAAGAUUUUGAAGGAGUUGGUUGAAAGACAAUUCAUGCUAUGAGCAGUUACUAUGGAAUUAGAUUGUCAUUUGUAAAGAUUAGUCCAUGAUCAGAACUUGCGGGAUAGAGAGGAGAAAUGUAACAUUUUUUGUUCCUUAAUUAAUUUGGAAUGAAAUAUGUUUAUAGUUAAUAUCUGUCCUUUUCCUUGGUCUUUAAGAUCAGUCUUUACUAGUUUACUCUUACAUUAUUUCAGUAUUUUUCAUGAGUUGUAUUGUUAAGAUUCUUAUCCGUCACCUGCUGCUUGUGUUUAUCUUCGAAAUUUCUUUCUGUGUCGCUGAUUUAGCUGCUUUUCCUGAUGUGUUUGACAAAAAUUUCCUUCUUUGUGCUUUGCACUUCAUCUGUGAUCUAUUGGGACUUGUGGUAGGAACCUCUUCAGUUCGAUGUUACUUUGACUAAGCUUUGAAUAAAAAUCAUGCUUAGCAGCCACAGUUUCGAGUUUUGCAGCUGAUCCUUUUUCUCGCUUGGAAAAUGUAUGUGCUCUUUUAUCUGACUAUAAUCCUGCUGAAAGAUGUAAUUCAUUUCCGAGUAAAACCGUUCAUAUUCAUUCUCUAUGUUUUCAAGUUGUUGAAGUCAGAAUGUCCCACCUUAGACUGUGAAAACAUCUCAGAUUGCCUGCAGACAUCCGCCUAUCUAUUUUUCACAGUAUGACUUGAAGUCGUUAAUGAUUUUCCUUGAAACUCUUGAGCUACAUCAUGAGGUCAGCCAGAAUUCAGCAAUUCCAGGGUAUUGGCAAUGAUCUAUCUGCCCACUAUAGUUUAUGGUAGAAUUGACUAUGAUGGAACUUCAUACCUGAAAGAAUAUUUGCAACAUUCCAAGCAUGUGAUUUUUUUCUCCGAGUCAAAAGGUGAGCGAAUUCAGUAUGCAUACAGCCACCAACCAUAUGAUAUCUGGUGAGUUCUAAUCAUAGUACUACUUGUUUUUUGUCCUGAAUAUCUUCACCUCCCUUUAUGGUCUAUAUUUCUUCUACUUUCUCUUUCAAGUAGUUUUUCAACUAAUGCUGCUUGAUAUUUUCAUGAUCUUCAAAUUUUUGAGAAAAAUAACUUGGACUUCCAACUCAAGCACUCGAAAGCAAAAACAAAAAAUUUGAAGGUCCCUUUUUUGUUUCAUUUAUUCAGUUCCUCUAUACAUUGCAAGUCUGAUGGUGCUUUUCUCGAUCUCUAGUCGUUUGUGUUUGUGUAGUAUUCCGGAUAGGUUGUUUUUCAUUAGCUAAUACAGAGAUGCAACAUUGUAUGGAGAGGGGUAUAGCUAGGCAGACUGCCAUAGGAUGCUCGCGGUGGGUAAAGCAACGGUAGGAUUAUGAUUCAAAGGAGAUUUUUUUUCCCUUUUUUUUUUGUGGGGGGUAGAGGAUCCUAGGAAGGACAUGAUUUGAGUUCCUUCAUCAAUAUGUUCUCCUGAAAAGGGCAGAGGAUUCUAAAUACAGAUAAGCAGAUGGCGAACCGAAUUUUCGCAAACAAGGUUUAAACUUGGUAGUAAGAGGACCUUAAAGAAAAAAAAAAAGAAAAGACCCUCUCUUAUGAAUUCUCUCCAUCUUUGAGGAAAGAGUAGAAAUACCCCACCACAAAAGCAGUGGAAGUCCAUUUCCAAAAUUUGGUUGUUAUGGACAGAGGGAGAGAGGAAGAAAAGGGGCCCUUGGUGUUAAUAAUAGUAUCAUCUUUAGUUAACUUCUCUUUUAAACAUUUUCAAAGUGUGUUGUAUAUAUGGUGAUUGUUCAUGCAGAGAGUCAUUGGAUGAUGUUAUUUGCUUCUCCCCUCCAUCAUUGCUAAAAAGGUUUGUGAGGAGGACCCAAAGCAGAAGGCCUCUGUCGGCAUGAAGCUAUACGAAAGAUGCCUUUGAUAGCGAUUUGGCAACCAAGAGUAACUAAUUUUGCUGGUUUCCAGAUAGCUAGCUUUGAUUUUUCUUUUUUCUUUUUCUUUUUUUCUUAAAAAAUUUUUUUUAAAAGCAUC